CGCAGGCUGAGCGAAAUGAUGGCGCCGAGGUGAAGGUACGGUGCUGUAAAGCAGCAGUUGAACGGCGAUCCGUGCUGCCGCCUCCAUGGACAAGUCGGCAGCGAGAGCGAGGGCCGCCGCUGGGAAGUCCGUGAUAGCUGUCAAAGGCUCUGAACUAAAAGAUGGACAGAAAGUGCCCAUAGUUCUGUAUCUCGUUGAAAACAAUGGUGACUAUAAUUUAUCCAUCUCUACAAUUCCGGAAGUAAAUGCUGGAACUGUCGCUUGUCAGACUGUGAUCCCCAUUAAUAACCAGUUUCGCAUUAUACAAGAGGCUGAAGAGGCUCUUUUGAUUGAUGAUCCUUUUACACGCUUAUGCAGGGUCCGUGUUCAAGGGGACCAGGCUCACUGCUGCUUUGAACUACCAGAUGACGAGUCCUGCCUCAACUUCCUCACUGAAGUGAAAAGGGUUCAACAAGCUACAUUUAAAAGCACUGGUGCUGAAAAAGUGGCGAUGGAUCCAUUUGGAAUGGAAUCAGCAGGUUGGCCCCAGGUUGGCCUGUUACAUGGCAAAGAAAGUGGAGCAGGUAAAUCAGAGUUUGGGUUUGAUGAUGAUUUCAUUGAUGUUCUAAAUCUGGAAAAGAAGAAUCAACAGAAUCAAGCUGGAAGCAAAGUUGCACCUGUGGCAGUGUCUUCUCGUUCCAACAAACCAUCCACUGAAAAAGAUGGGUCACGGAAUGGACAGCCAAGAGUAUCCAACACAAUGCGGAAGCUAUUUGAACCAAGUAAUCAAUCAUUAGCCAGAGAAGGUCUGAUUAAACAUUGUCUAGCAAAACGUGAAAAAGAAUUUGUCAACUUUCAAGAUUUUAGGUUUUUUGUUGGCACCUGGAAUGUAAAUGGACAGUCUCCAGAUUGUAGUCUGGAUCCCUGGUUGGCUGCUGAUACACACCCACCCGAUGUGUACUGCCUGGGUUUUCAGGAGUUGGAUCUAAGUACUGAAGCCUUCUUUUACUUUGAUUCUUCCAAAGAGCAUGAAUGGUUGAAUGCUACAGAAAGAAGUUUGCAUCAUAAAUCUAAAUAUAGCAAAGUGAAGCUGGUUCGAUUAGUUGGAAUGAUGAUGAUUGUGUUCGUGAAAAAGGAACACUUAAAGCACAUAAGAGAUGUGGAAGCAGAGACUGUAGGAACAGGAAUUAUGGGAAAGAUGGGAAACAAAGGCGGAGUAGCAGUUCGAUUUGUCUUUCACAACACAAGCUUUUGCAUUGUGAACUCUCACCUUGCUGCUCACGUGGAAGAUUUCGAGAGACGGAAUCAGGAUUAUAAAGAUAUAUGUGCUCGCAUGAGUUUCCAAGUGUCUGAACAUAAUCAGCCUUCUAUAAACAUUAGUAAACAUGAUGUUGUUAUUUGGCUUGGAGACCUGAAUUACAGACUCUGCCUGCCAGAUGCCAGUGAAGUGAAGGCACUGAUAGAGAAGCAAGAAUUAAGGAAGCUAUUAGAAUAUGACCAGCUGAAUAUUCAACGCAGGACUAAGAAAGCUUUUGCAGACUUCAGUGAGGGGGAUAUUCAUUUCAGACCUACAUACAAAUAUGAUACUAAAUCAGACCGAUGGGACUCGAGUGGCAAAUGUCGUGUCCCAGCAUGGUGUGACCGAGUUCUCUGGAGAGGUGAAAGUGUACGGCAAAAAUGUUAUCGAAGUCACAUGGAGCUUCGAACCAGUGAUCACAAACCUGUCAGCUCACUCUUGGAUAUUGGGGUGAAAAUUGUAGAUGAGCGCAGGUACAAGAAGGUAUUUGAAGAUAUUGUUCGAGUGAUGGAUCGAAUGGAAAAUGAGUUCUUGCCUUCUUUAGCUCUUAGUGGAAGAGAUUUUACUUUUGAGGAUGUUAAAUUCCGUCAGCUGCAAAAGAAAUGGUUUCAGAUUACUAAUGAUGGGCAGGUGCCAUGUCAUUUCUCCUUCAUUCCAAAAUUGAAUGACAGCCACUACAGCAAGCCGUGGCUAAGGGCAGAACCUUGUGAAGGAUAUCUCGAACCCAAUGAGUCUGUGGAUAUUGCACUGGAAGUUUAUGUUAGCAAGGGCACUGUGACGUUAUUAAACUCGGCUGAGGACAAGAUUGAGGACAUCUUGGUUUUGCAUCUGGAUCGAGGAAAGGACUAUUUUCUUACUAUUGGGGGGAACUACUUGCCAAGCUGCUUUGGUACAUCACUUGAAACACUCUGUCGAAUGAAAAAGCCAAUCAGGGACGUGCCUGUCACUAAACUUAUAGACCUGGAUGAUGACCACAUGUUUACAAAGGAGAAAUCUCGGUUAGACCUUGUCGUUGUGGAUAAUAUAGGAACUGACAAACAACCUCUACAAAUUCCAAAGGAAAUUUGGUUGUUAGUAGAUCAUCUCUUUAAAAAUGCAAGUCGCCAGGAGGACCUGUUCCAGACUCCUGGUAUGCAGGAAGAACUUCAGCAGAUUAUUGACUGCUUGGACACGAGUGUUCCACAAACUAUUCCUGGCAGUAACCAUUCUGUGGCUGAAGCCCUACUCAUCUUCCUUGAAGCUCUCCCGGAGCCUGUGAUAUGUUAUGAGCUUCAUCAACGAUGCCUAGAAUUUUCGUAUGAUCACCGCAGCUGUCAAACUUUGAUAUCUCAACUGCCCCGGAGUCACAGGAAUGUGUUUCGGUAUUUGAUGUCAUUUCUGCGGGAAUUGCUGAAGUAUGCAGAAGACAACAAGCUUGAUGCCAAGAUGCUAGCUACCCUCUUUGCAAGUCUGCUUUUGAGACCACCACCAAACUUAGUUGGGCGGCAAACCCAGAAUGAUAGACAACGUGCUGUGAACUUCAUCUAUGGCUUCCUGGGUGGAGAUGAUAACUAAUUUUUGGACAUACUUCUGACCACAUCUUCACUGCACUGUGAUCGUAUUGCAAAUAUUACAUCAAAAUGGUGAUCGAUAGAUACAGAUACUCAAGCCUUUUAUUCCAGUCUAGGUCAGUAAAAAUUUGAAUGACAGUUGUUCCCUAAAUCUUUCACACUAACUAGCUAAGAAUGCUGGCCACAAACUGGCUCCACAUGACCAUAUACACUUCCAUCCAUUGUACAAACUUUUUUUGAUUGUGAAUUUUUAUUUAUCAAUUAUUCCAUGAAAUAUUUCAGCAAUGUAUCUAAAGUCUGUUUAUUACCAGGUCGCUGCAAGUUGGACUAGAGUUUUUUAAAAUAUAUUUACACAUGACUGGGUGAUACUAAGCAAGGGUAACUCCAUCAGAUUAAAUAGAAAAUGCAGUGAUUUAUCACAGUAUGAAAUGUCCAAGAAAGUUUCUAUUAACCCCCUACCUUUAAAACAAAUUUCUCAAUUAUAAUUGUAAUAACUGAAUAGAAAUUAGUUGAGUAAAUGAGCAGCAACUUUUUUUCUAUUCAGUAGAUGUAUUUCAAGUCUUACAGCUGUGAUGGAGCUCAUCUGUUCCAGUUGAGUUUCCUGGCUGGUUUUAGGAAAGAUUAAUGUUUAUAAGCGUGUUCUACUUUGGAAAUCUGUUCACCCAGAUUACCAAGUAAUAGCAGAGAUAGUGGAUGUAAUUGUGUGUAGGGGCACACAGUGCAUUGGGUUAAUGUUCAGAGACCCAAAUUUAAUAUAUGCAUCAGAACAAAAUUAUUGGUUGUCUGAAAUAUUAUGACUGUGUAAACUUUCAUAAAGUUGCUAAAGUUCUAGAUGAUCAAAACAAUUAGACUACAGAUACAGUUUGUAUACUGAAUUCAUUCAAAUUAUACUGUACAUAUUGCAAAAUUAUAUUCAAGUGAUGUUAAAGUUUUUGAUUUUUAUAUAUUUAUUAAAGAUCAGAUUUGUUCUGCAAAUAGCAUUUUAUUACACCCAUAUGCUAUUUGUGGUAUCUUUGAAGUACAAGUUAAUGUUGUCAUGCAAACAAAAAAGCACUAUCUCUAAUGGAAUAAUAAGCUCCAGUUGUGGAGCCCUAGACUGUCUCCAGUCUAUCAAGAAUUCAGAUUUAAUUACAACCCAAUUGAUUGACUGAGUUUUGUCUAGCUUUGCUAUGGUACUGCAGCUUACUUUGCAGAAACGUAUUACCUGUCAGUCAGAGUAGUAUUACAGUACCACAGAAAAACCCUGUCAUUCCAUCUAUGAGAGUAUUGCAUGAAUUAUAAGAUGAGGAAAGCAGAGGAGAAAUUUCAAUUUAAUGUUUUUAUUUUACUAGAAUUGUUGGGUUGAAUCCCUGUAUUAUUCGAUCACUAGUAAAAAGCCAUGUGAUCAGUUUAAACUGAUUUACUGUUGCCAGAUCCCAGCCAUGGGAAGGCGUAUGUGUGUAUAUAUUUAAAAGUAAACUAUGGCAGUAAAUUUAUGCGUAGAACAGAGUAUUUUCAAUAUAAUGUAUGCUCCUUGGUAAGGUACAGAAAUCAUUUUUUUAAAAAAACACCUCUCCUUGAUAUGCUUGUCAAUGUCGGUAAAAGCAUCUUGUAUUGAACCUCCUCACUCAGCUAAGAAUGCCAACACUACAGAUCUUUGAGUUGCAUUUUUAAUUGGCGUUCCCCUCUGAUCAGAAUGGCUAAAUGAGAAGAAUAAUGUUGUACUUUUAUACACUUAAUUUUUUAAUACAAUUUGGCAUGAGCCUAACAGCUAAAAAUUGUCAGUUAAUUGAUCCAGAUUACAUACGAGUUGAAAUGAAAUGUAUAAUCAAGCAGCUCAAUUAUAAAUUCACUAGUACAAAGAAAAGCAGAAACAGCAGUUGUGUGAAACUUUGGACAGCUUACCAGCCAAUGAUCAAUGAGCAUCCAUUGAAAACAGGAAGUAAAUGAAAAUACUUGAAAUUCCUGUCCUUGAUUGUGUUGAAUGAUUAAAAUAUCUUCCGUUAUUUAAAGUUUUUAUCUUCAUUGUUUUUAUCAAUGUUAUGCCAGCUGUAACUCAAUAGACAUGCUAAAUUUAUGAAAGGUAUAAUCCAAAGGACCAGAUACAAGAAUUAUUCAAUGUCAUUGAUGUGGUGAGAAGAAAUUAAAAUGAUUAGAUACCAAACUAUGGUUCAUAAUUGCUGUCCAAUACACUACAAUGUAUAUUUUGGUCUCUAGGUUAUUUCAUUAUCUUAACAGUUAUAUUUUUCAAUUAAAUCCAUUUAAUUCUAUCCAAAUAACAUUGUUUGUCAUUUAUUUAAAAAUAUAUAGUUUUUGGUGCAUGGGGCCUUUGAGAUUUGUAUAACCUCUUUAGUUGUCGUAUUUCAGCUUCUGUCAGAUAUUGUGAUUCAGAUCUAUUCCUGUAUUGUGUUGUAGCCAUUGAAAGUAUUUAUCUGCAAUGUUGUUCUUGUCUGAGUAAUUUCUUUAGUAGUAUAGUAAAACUCUGGUAACAUACCAUCUGAUCAUUGAAAAUCCUGAUGGUUCGGCAUCAGGCUCACAAGAUCCCAAACACCCUUGAAACUUGGGAAUUUUUACAUACUGAGUAACAUCUUAAAAAAUUUUAAUUAAGUGCGUUGGGGGUAUAGUACAGAAACCCUGUGAGUCUGGCACCACCAUGCCAAAUUGGAGUUUUGCAGCAUUGUUCAAAUUAUUCUGUCUUGCAUUACCACCACCUAGUUCAUUGCAGAAAUCUUCAAAGUGCAGUCCCUUCAACAAUGUUGGUUUUAAGUUUGGACCAAAAGUAAUGUUAGUCAUUAUAUGAUACUUUAAUGCAUUAACAAAAGCCUUAAUUAUUAUUUUUGGAAUAAUUGGAUCGUCGAUACUGAAUUCUAUGAUACUGCUUAUUCAAAGCAUUUCUUGCUAAAUACAACCCUUGCUGACUGUGGUUUGAGCAACAAAAGAGGCUUGUGUUCACUUCUGAUAUUACAUCAUUGAAAUGUUAUUGAUUUGUUUUAAUUACUCUAUAUUUAAAAAGUUUUUUUAAUUGCUUGUUAAAGUCAAAAUUAUUUAUUCCUAAUGAUGGCCCAUCCAGCAAUAAUGUGUUGAUGUGGUACUUAACUAGCUAUCCUUAAUAAUGUCCUGAGUCUUUGCGGUAUCAAUGAGUCACCAUUCGCCUUGUAUGUAUUGUAGAAUUUCUGUUGGGCUAUGUGUGGAGAGAGAUUUGUUUCAUCUAUAUAUGCUACCAACAUAUUCUUUAAAGUUAAAUAUCAAAUACAUAUUACAAUGUCAAGUUUAAAUAGUCUGGUAACUUCUAUCAUGUAGAUAGCACAAUCUCAACUGUUAGUUAAGUCAGAUGGCAAUGAUUACUCUAGAGAUGAGUAUACAGAAUGCUGUUGUCUGUUUUUUUUUUAAGUUUAGCAUAAUUCAUAUUAAUAUAAUUUAAUCUCUUUUGGAUCCAAAAACACAAUUUCUGAUUUGCUAUAUUAAGAACUUAGGUAAUUCUGUGCUUCUAGUUUAACCUUUUUAAAGAGAUUGCAGUCUACUUAUAAAGUGUCUUCGGUAUCUAUGCAAUUGCACCAUUUGUGCUCAGGGCUAAAACUGGCAAAGCAGAUUAAUUAUCUACUGUGGAUGGAAGUUUGAAAUGUGUUUUGAACUUGACAUUUUUAUUAAUUGUCCAAAAAUCUAAUGGUAUCUAAUCUUUUAGUUUUAAGAUUUGUAUUUUUUUUACCAUAUCCAGCACGCUGAAUGCAGAAGUUUUCCCUUGAUUGACAGCAUAAUAAUUAAGAUUCAAAUGGGCACAGUGCUAUGUUUUGGAGUGGCAUUUUAUUGGCUUGGCAUUUUGUUUUGAAUGCUGGAGCCACUUACUCUAAGUAUGUUCUAUUCUUAUUAAAUCAUUAGAACUAUGCCUUUUUCUUUGCAAAGGCAGGAUUAGUGGCCAGCCAAUAGAUCUAUGCCAAGUGCUCUCUUUGGCACCUAAAUGUAUCACCUCCCCAUAUAAUUAUCCCUUCCCCAUUGCACUACAACCUCUGCUAACUUCUAAUGUGCAGAGUGGAGAACCAAAUUUGCAUACUUCUAGGCAUUGGGCUUUAUAGUUCCAAUGCUGAAUAUCACUGUGCAGGCUGGUUCAGAACUUUUAGAAAUUUGUGUGUGGCCUUGUUCAGUCUGUCACUUGUUGUAAAUGGAA